AUGUAUCUUUUGAACCAUCGUCAUACCAUUGAAGGUCGUUUCGUUGAAAUUAUUGAAGAUUGUAUUCGAAAUCAAAUUAAUGCCCAUCAAAAGCAUCAAGCAUGUCUUGAAAAUGUUCAUCGCCUGAGUAAUAAUUAUUCAGACAUGUUUCCUCAUUCAAAUACCAACAAUAUAGUUUUUGCUGAUGAUAGUGAAGAAUACACCGAAGAAGAUAAUAGCGACGAUUCAUACACAGAUGAAUCUGAUAGUUAUGACGAUUUGGAGAAUAUUAUAUUAGAUGAAAUUGAAAUGGAAAAUGAUCGCCGUCUUUUUCGAUUAACCAUACCGAAUGUUGAUGAAAGUGAUUUAACGGAUUAA